AUGGCGAACCAACUGGUCGAGAUUCACUCGACCGCAGAGUUCUCAACACUCCUCGCGAAUUCUACAAUCGUGGUCGCCGACUUCUAUGCAGACUGGUGCGGCCCGUGUAAAGCAAUCGCCCCUGCCUAUGCCGAGCUGUCCUCUGCGCUGUCAAGACCGGGCAAGAUCACAUUCACUAAGAUCAACACCGACCAGCAACAAGAACUGGCACGUGCCUAUGGCGUCACCGCGAUGCCCACAUUCAUGCUCUUCAAGAACGCCAGAGUUACAGACACCAUCAAAGGUGCAGACCCACGACGAUUAUCUGAGGCCGUCAAGAAGUUGGCACAAGAGGCGGGCAAGAACGACACAGCUGGAGAGGGUUCGAGUUCGUCUUCGAACUGGAUUGGUGCAGAACUGCCUCGAGGUUACUCCGAUAUCACAUCACAAGUCGACGUGACAAGUCUGGAGUUGUUGAAUUGGGAUACGGCUGGUGGGAAUGCGCGGACGAUUGUUCAGCAGUCACAGGCUAAGGACGACAAGAAAGACCGCGUCGAGUCGGACACGGACGAGCAGCUAAUGAUAUUCCUGCCGUUCCAGUCAACCCUCAAGAUUCACUCCCUUCACAUCACCUCUCAGAAACCUACAGAAGAUGACGAUGAAUUGCCUUCGCGGCCAAAAGUACUGAAGCUCUUCGUCAAUCGUCCCGGCAUACUUGGCUUUGACGAGGCCGACGGAUUACCGGCCACACAAGAGAUCACAAUAUCAGAGAAGGAUUGGGACACAAAGACGAAUACGGCGAAGGUCGAGUUGAGAUUCGUGAAGUUCCAGAAUGUAACAAGUCUGGUUCUGUUCGUGGUCGAGAGCGAAGGCGACAACGAAAAGGUCCGUAUUGACAGAAUCCGCAUCAUCGGCGAGUCAGGCGAAAAGCGGGAUGGCAAGAUUGAAAAGAUCGCCCACGAUGAAUAG